ACGCAGCCCGCGGUGACCUUCAGAGGCGGCGUGCCGCUGUCAGACCAGGCCGUGCCGCUCGGGGCUCCCUCCGCUUCCCUCCGCGCCGCCCGGGGCUCCCUCCGCCUCCCGCCGCCAUGCCCAGGGGCAGCCGCAGCCGCACGUCCCGCGUGCCGCCCCCCGCCAGCCGGGCACCCCCGAGGAGAGUCCCGUCUCCAGCUCCGGCUCCUCGGGCCUCUGUCCCCGCAGCAGCUCCGCCUUCAGCCGUGGCGUCCCCGGCCCCGAAGCAGCCGGGGCUGAUGGCCCAGAUGGCCUCAACUGCGGCCGGGGUGGCCGUGGGCUCGGCUGUGGGACACACCAUCGGCCAUGCCAUCACCGGAGGAUUUAGUGGAGGGGGCAGCUCUGAAGCUGCCAGGCCUGAUGUCACUUACCAGGAGCCCCAGGGUGCUCAGGCUGCCCAGCAGCAAGGUCCUUGCCAGUAUGAGAUGAAACAAUUCCUGGAGUGUGCCCAGAAGCAGACCGACCUCAAGCUGUGUGAGGGCUUCAGUGAGGUGCUCAAGCAGUGCAGGAUUUCCAAUGGUUUGUCCUAAGCCUGUGCAAGGCGGCUGCUGAACAUCAUCGUGCAAGAACUGACCUAUGAAGGAAAAACAAAAAGCUUCAGUAAUAAAGUUUAAAGCUGCCUGGUAUCUUGUUAGUUCAUAUAUUCACACUGUCAUCUCUGUGGCUUGACUCCUGCCAUAGCUGCCUCUGAUGUGAUCCAACUACACAGCCGCAAUUUAAUUUAGCACAAAAUGGAAGAGUGAAUAAUUAAGCAGAAUGAGCUAACGUGGGUUUUACUGGUUUUGCUGAUUGUUGUGUUGAACGUAUGUAAUGUCUAUAAAUAAACUUCUCUCUCUAGAAGUA